AUGACAGGAAGUUUUUUUGUUACCUUUGUAUAUGGGUUUAAUGAUGGGAAAUUGAGGGAUCAAUUAUGGUUGGAUAUUCAGGAAUUAGCCUUGAAGAUUGAUGAGGCUUGGAUGAUCUUGGGAGAUUACAAUGAAAUCUUGCAUCAGAAUAAGAGAUUUGGCAAGAAGACUAUUAUGAAACCUUCUCUGAGCCUCCGAGAUUGCAUGACUAAUUGUCAAAUGGAAAACUUGAAAUAUUCAGGGUGUUUUUAUACAUGGACAAAUAAACAAAGGCCUGAGGAUCGUGUUUACUCUAAAAUUGACAGGGCUAUGGUUAACAUGAAGUGGACAGAUCAAUAUCCGAAUUCUGAAGCUGUUUUUCUCCCUGAAGGUAUCUUUGAUCACAGUCCCAUUCUUAUUUCCUUUUAUUUGGUUGUGGAAAUUGGUAAGCAACCAUUCAGGUAUUUCAGAAUGUGGAAGGAGGCUUCAUCAUAUGCAACUAAAGUUAGCACUAACUGGAAUAAAGUAGUUUUGGGUACUGAAAUGUAUAAAUUAGUCCUGAAGUUAAAGAGGCUUAAACAGGAGGUGUUGGCUAGGGAAGAGUUUACCCGAUUAAAGAGAGCAUACCUGUUAUUCUUAGCACGGAAAGCAAAAACCAGCUGGGUGAUGAAUGGGGAUGAAAACACUGCUAUUUUUCAUGCCUCAUUGAAAGCUAGAAGGAUUCAAAAUCGCAUUUACUCUAUACACACUGAGCAAGGCACCAGGGUGGAUACAGUAGAUGGUGUACAGAGAGCAUUUUUAGACUAUUAUCAGAAUUUAUUGGGGACUCAAUUGCAAAGUAGGAGGAAGGUAUCACAGGCUAUUGUUGAUUUAGGUCCUGGAAUUUCUGAGGCGCAUUCUAGGCUGCUGUUGAGAAGGGUACUUCCGGAUUUGAUUGCAGAAAACCAAGGAGGAUUUGUUCAUGGGAGGUACAUAGCCCACAAUAUCAUGAUUUGUCAAGACUUAGUUCAGCAUUAUGGAAGGAAAAAUUGUAAGCCAAGCUGUUUGAUUAAAGUUGAUUUGCAGAAGGCAUAUGACACAAUAGAGUGGGAUUUCAUAGAGGAAAUGCUUGCAGCUUUUAAGUUUCCGAAGAAGCUUAUCCAGCUAAUCAUGAUUUGUGUUCGAACACCUAAAUUUUCCUUAAUGCUCAAUGGCUCUUUAUGUGGUUUUUUUGCAGCAAAAAGGGGAUUAAGGCAAGGAGAUCCAAUGUCUCCAUUAUUAUUUGUGUUAGGUAUGGAAUACCUUUCUCGAAUCAUGAUUAAAGUGGGAUCUAUCUCUGAUUAUAAGUAUCAUGCUAAGUGCAAAUCCUUGAGAUUGAAUCAUUUAUGCUUUGCGGAUGACUUAUUAAUGUUUUGUCAUGGAUAUUUUAUUUCGAUUCUAUGGAUGCUUAGAGGGCUCAAACUGUUUUCGGGGACAUCUGGUUUGGUACCAAAUCAAAACAAGUCUGCAAUAUACUGUAGUGGUAUGAUAGAGGCUGAGGUUAAUAGAAUCCUAGAAGCUUCAGGUUUUGCUAGAAGCCAGUUACCAUUCAGAUAUCUUGGUAUUCCAAUUUGUUCUAAGAGAAUUUAUUCGGUGGAAUGUGGCCUUAUUUUAGAAAAAAUGAUUCAUCGAAUUAGGCAAUGGAGUUCUCGGAAUUUAUCCUAUAUGGGCAGAGUAACACUAAUCAAUUCAGUUCUCAUGUCUAUACACUCCUAUUGGGCCCAAAUCAUGAUAUUGCCGAAGAGAAUACUAAAGGAAAUUGAUGCCAUUUGUAGAGCAUUUCUUUGGAGAGGAAUGAGUGAUAAUGCAGGGCCUGGACUUGUUGCUUGGCAUACCAUAUGCAAUUCUAAAACAGGUGGAGGAUUGGGUUUUAAGAGAGUUGUAGAUUGGAAUAUUGCAGCUAUAGGGAAAUACAUAUGGGCAAUUGCUUCCAAAAAAGAUAAUCUAUGGGUUAAAUGGAUUCACAACAUAUACUUGAAGCAAUUGGACUGGUGGGAUUACAAAGCUCCCUUGGCUAGCAGCUGGUAUUGGAGGAAAAUGGUAGCUGUUAAGGAUAUGUUUAAAGCAAAAAUCGAUUUGGCAUCCUUUGCAGCUUUGGAAUUCAUUAUUAAAAUGAGUCAUGACUUGUUGUUUGCUUCUCCUCUCAAAGUGCAUUGGGCAAAGUUUGUUUGGGAGAGAUUUUCUGUACCAAAGCACAGAUUUGUGAAAAAGUGGCUGGGUUGGAAAGUAAAAACAGAGGACUAUGAAAACUUGCUGCAAUGGAUUGGGAAGACUAGGAGAUGGAGCAGGUUUCGGAAAAGCACCUUGAUAGUUGUUAUUGCUUCCUUGAUUUAUCACAUUUGGAGAGUGAGGAAUGACAUACUAUGGUCACAAAAGGUUUGGUCCACAGCUCAUAUAGUCCAAGUAAUACAGGGAUAUUAG